GAAAAAUAAUAAAAGACGAGGAAGUGAAUCGAGCCGCAUUGCCCUCUCCCAAAUCCCGCUCCUCCUCUCUGCUCCGCCCGCAGAAGGAAGAGAGAGAGAGAGAGCGAUCUCAGGGCGUGUUGUUCGCUUCUUGGUCUCGGAGGAGAUGGCGGGGAUUCCCAGGGCUUCGUUCGGUUUGGUGGCCGUCAUGGUUCUCGCCUUGGCCAUCCUCAUGCCUGCCGUACAGGCCCAGGCCCCCGCUCCCUCGCCCACCAGCGACGGGACAUCAAUCGACCAAGGGAUUGCUUAUCUGCUAAUGCUGGUGGCGCUGGUCCUGACCUACCUAAUCCACCCCUUGGAUGCCUCCUCUCCCUACAAGCUCUUCUUCUAAGCCUUUUGGGAGCACAUGCAUGCUUGUGAUGGGGGGGGGUGGAGGAUGUUUGUCAUGUUGGUUGUAUUUGGGUACUAGGGCUCGUUUAGUGUUGUGGUAUUUGGACGCCUUUAAUGGAAUCAUCAUGUUGAGUUA